AGAGUUUCACUUCCGCCAUUGAGUCACAACAAAUUGAUUAAUUGACUAUUAUUAAACUAGUCUAGGCUCUACUAGCUAAGCUAGGCUAUGUAGAAUCUAUACUCUGGAAUUUCUAGAACAACUAAGAAUAUAUUUUUAUUACAAACCGGUACCUAGAUCUAGUCAAAAAUAAGAUUGUGAAGUGAUUGUUCUGCUAUCAAAAAUAUAAACUGUACUAACUAAAUCUCUGUAAUACAUACUACUGUAUUACUCUAGUUCUGGUGAUUGUAAACAUAUUGUCACUUUGUGUAAACACCACUGACUAGUACAUAAAUCUAUAUCUGGAAGUAGUAAACUCAUCUAUCUAGGCACAACUUCAAAAAUAUAUAGUUCACAUCAUGAAAUUGUAUUCAAUAGCUAUUCUAUUAAAAACACCAGAAGGAAAAGGGAAGAUUCUAACUUCAAAGAAUGAACUUUCAUCAUUUGGAUACUUUCAGAGAUCUACUGUUAGUGAGUUCAUGGUGUUUACCAGCAAGAUUCUGGUUGAGAGAACUGCCACAGCUUCCAGAGCCUCAGUUAAAGAGCGUGAGUAUAUCUGUCACGUUUAUGUGAGAAGUGACAAUCUGUCUGGUGUUGUCAUAGCAGAUCAUGAAUAUCCACAGAGAGUUGCACACACUCUAAUAAACAAGGUUCUAGAUGAGUUUCAAGAGAAAUGUCCAAAACCUAAUUGGUCGACAAUUAAAGAAAAUGAAGCACCAUAUCCCCAACUGACAGAACUAUUACAGAAAUAUCAGAAUCCUAAAGAGGCUGAUGCAAUGACAAAAAUCCAGUCAGAGCUAGAUGAAACUAAAAUCAUUUUGCACAACACGAUUGAGGCAGUGUUACAAAGAGGGGAAAAGUUGGAUGACUUGGUGGAAAAAUCUGAAGGACUUAGCCAACAGUCAAAAACAUUCUACAUAACAAAAAAAAUGGCCGCCUUUCUGCUCCCCUUGGUUGAAAAAUGCAGCUUAAUCUAGAAAUAUCGACCUGCAUUAUAGACACCAUUGAAACAAUCUAGCUCUCAAGUUUAAAGCAACAAAGACAGGAAGGUAAAAUAAUACAGAUGGAUAAGCUCACUUCUUAAGAAUAAAGUUUAUUUUAAAACCAUAAGCUGUCACUUGGCCUUAACAUAAUUUCAUCCUUCCUUGGACAAAAACUCAAUAAUUGCAAAUAUAUCUUUAACUUUGUAUUGGCUAGAAAUUAAUCUUUCUUUUACUUAUUAUUUUUUAGUCUUUAUUUUAAAACUGAAAAUGUACCAAAUCCUUUAAAAAUCAAUCUACAAGAUGAAUAUACAAUUUAAAUAUUUUUUUUUUAAUACAAAUGUUUAAAAAAUCAAUUAUCAUUUAAAAAAUUCACUUCAGAAAAUAAAUACUUUGAUUAAUUAAUCAAUGAAGCAUCAAAUUCAUAAAAUAAUCAUUAACAGCCCUUAUACAAAUUACAACAAUUAUUUGUGCCUUGCAAAAUUUGUUGGAAUCAGUGAAAGUAAGAAAAAUGGACAAUAUUUAUGAAGAAAAGAUUUUGGGCUAUUAAAUCAAAUCUGUUGGUGAUUCAUAAGCUUAAGUCUUACAUAAAAAAAUAUAAAAAUCUCCUGAGGCCUUCUCAAAAAUGUUAAUGACUCCAUGCAUACAAUGAUCCUCUUUGUUCAAUGUGAUCAUAGCUUCUUAGAAUUAUAUAAAAAUGGACUGGACCUAUCUUUUAUCCAAUCUUACAAGUAAAGAGAGAAGCCCCUUUUUACUGUAAAAAAAAACAAACUUUUAAUUACCGGUAUAUAAAAAUAUAAGACUUCAAAAAUGUAAAAAAAUUAAUUUGUGCAUUGUGGAAUAUAUUAAAAAAAAACUGUCAUGGUAUUGGGAAAAAAAAAAGCAUAAAAAUAAAACAUCUUAUAAUAAAACCAAUUGAUUUGAAAGUUUUCUACAAAAACAUGAGGCCAAAUGAAACUUAGGGCAAGUUAGUAUUGUAUUGCUUGAUGUCAAAUGUCUAUUAACAAAUUAACUGCUUAUUCAAACUUAGGUACAUUUUAUUUUGUUCUUUUCAGAUGUGUAUUUAGUUUGGUGUCUCAUUUUGAUUGCUAAACAAUUUGUCUUUUGGUGGGCAAUAAAGGGAAGCAAGUGAAGACAAGUAGUAGCAGCCGUGCCAUUCAAGCCAAUAAAACAAUCUAUUAUUUGCUUUACAGGACAUGCUUCAAAUGUGAUGAUCAUUUUUCUCUAUAGAGAAUAUAACAUAAAAUAAGUCUUUUGAUAAGGUUGAAAGAAAUCCCUAAUUGUUCUAACCAGUACAGCAAUGUUCUCAACUUGUAAUGAAAACAAACAAAAUACUGCAAUCAAAAUGAUCUUUGUGUAGAGCUAUGUGGAGAUCAAUUCAUUCUUUACACAAUUCUUGUCACUAUUUUGAAGAUUCAAGUAGUCAGUACGCAAAACUAAACCAUGCAAUAGAAUGCUACAUACAACAUUUAAAUGUAUAGCUGCCUGGCAGUUAUUGUUGUUCACAAAUAUAUUUUGUAUCCUUCUGUAAAAGAUAUAGUAAAUAUGGUAAUGUGUAACCAUGUAAGCUUUAUUACCUCAAUACAAAUAUAUAUAUUUUUGCAGAAACAAUUAUAUUGUUGGUUAAACAUUUGAUAUAAAACACCAAUAAAAUAAUAGACCUCAUAAGCUCUUCAGGGCCCUAAUAUAAUUACUAUAUAAUUUAGUUUUCCUAUUCUUCCUUUCUUCUUUAAAUAUGUUAAAUAUCUUUCUGACAAGACUAACUAAAAAGCUAAAAUUAAGCAAAAAAAAUAAAUUCUAACCUGUUUUUACAAUACACCUUAAACCCAGUACCCUAUUUAUUAUUAUAAAUUGUGAACAACAAAUUGAUUGGAGAGUACAGUUGCAUAAACAAACAAAUAGAAUAAAUUCUUGUCAUUUCUACAUACAGUGCUGGUAAAUCAUCAAGUCAUCAAGCACCUGAAUUGAAAUUAACGGGGUCAGUAUAAACUGUAACCUAUUCAAAUACUGGUAUUAUUCAGGAAAAUUUAUCAAAAGAAUAUGUAACUUUAACUAUGUGGACAGUACAGUUAUGUAUCAUCAUUUAUAUGUUGACAUGCUAAAGUGUGUGUGUGUGUGUGAAACCAAUGUUCGUAACUCCUUCAGGUUAGAAGCUGCAUUUGUGAAUGUAGAUAAGCCAGUCCACUGCUUCAUUCAACUUUUUUCUCCACAUGUAACUCCAAAGCACUAUCUUGAUCAAUAAAUCAUAUCUAAAAAUGUUCUAAUAGUAUUAAAAAUGUACCAAUGUGUAAGUCUGACAGACCAUUUCUCUAGCUAACUUGUACUACACAAUCAAGAUUUGCAGUAAGGGUUGAAAACAAUAAAGAAGUACAAGUGCUAUGGACAAUUAAAAGCUGAUUUUGCUCUGUUAAAGUUGUCCCUAAUUACUGUGUGGACAUUUUUCAUUGCUUUGUGAUGAAGCCAUAUACAGCAUAUUGUGACCACCACCACAAAUGAGUAUUUUUAACUUUUCUGCAAUGAUUUUCACACCAAUAGCUUUUGAUGCAGCCUACACUUUGAAGUUACUAUAUGUGAGCAAAAUUUGGCUUGAAUACAAAUUUUUUUUUUUUUUUAGCUAUUUUAAAUGUAUUCCUUUAAUAAAGUUGUAUUGCCUUCAUCUGUUGGUUUGGAAUGAUUAAUAAUGAGUAGUGAAGCUUCUCUACAGAAAACAUAUUUUAUGUAAAAAGCUUCCCAGACUGCAAACAAGUGACCACAAAAAACAUACCGUAGUUGAAAACUGACAAAGGUAGACAAUGUUUGUGUAUUUCAUAAUGUCUGAAUAAUGUCCAUCAAUAAACAUCUUUCCUCGAUUAAAAUAUUUUUUUGUAUAAAAUUGUGGAAGACGUGAAAAUUUUGUUAAAAGUCUCAAUGUCAUCCAUUUUAUACAUUGAAAUAAUGCUACCGGUACAAAUAUAACAAAGUUUUUACACUUCCUCUUUUCAUCUUGCCAAGUC